AGCUGCACGCUUUCUCCUUGUUACUCGGCCCAAUAGACCUUAGCUACUUGGGAUCGGGAUCUCGCCUUUUUCAUGAGCCUGAGUAUCUGCCAAAUUGUCAUGUCUUGACUUCGGGAGUAAAAACAGUCAAUUAGUCGAUUUGGGCCAUUAGUCACGGCUCCGACCUGAAUGAAGCAUCAAUAGAUAAAGCGCAAGCAUAACAGCAAGUAUGGAUGCUAAAGCAUCAUUAGGCAGUAUCCAGAAAGCCGUCUGGAACGGCAAGCUGCCGCUGCACAUCACCCUGGCUGCAUCAGAGAGCCGAACCUUUGACCAAACAGAUCCGUACCUUAUCUCCUACUCCCGCAUCUCAUAUCUCCCCUCUCUUCUUCCCCGACUGCGGGACUUCUUCGCUUCCUCGCUCAUCAACCCGACCUCAGGCCCGCAUGAAGGCUGGUUCUCCUUCGAGGGUGUCCCUCUGAAAUGGCACUACCCCAUCGGCCUCCUGUAUGACCUCUACGCGGGCGCCGACCCCGCCUCCAAAGGCGGCACCGACACCGACCUCCUCUCCGCCGCAGACGAGGAUCCGCUCCCCUGGCGCCUGACGGUGCAUUUCAGUGACUGGCCAGACGAGGAGCUCGUCCGCCUCGACGCGGAGGGGAUGGUCAUGCACGACGCGUUCAUCAACAGCGUCAAAGAAGCAGAUUUCCUGCGCAACGGUACCGCAAAGGGAAUCAUGACGCUUUCGAAGGAGGACUCCGCGGGACUCUGGAGGGCUGUCAGAGACGUGGACCUCCCCUCCUUCCAACGAAUAUCCAACAUCCUCCUCCCACCGCCCAACCAGCCCUUCCGUAAUGUGCCCAUCCGAUUCUUCCUUCCGCUACCGCCAGACUCGGACUCCCCAUCCCUGAAAGUAGUCCAGUCGCCCAUCCCGCCGGUAAUUCAGCCGUCGUCGGCUGUCGCGGCGUCAACAAUGAAUGUCGCGGCGAGCCAGUCGGUCAUGGCUGCUGCGCGGGGCGCGCCGCAGACGCAGACGGUCGGGUCCGCGUUGCAUGCGCUUUUGCCGAAUCUGUUUCCUAGUCGGAGGACGCCCGUACUGGCGAAGCCGGUGUUGCAUGGGGCUGCUGUGCCGAUGGGGGCGCCCGUGGAGGAGCUGGUGCGGUGCUCGGCUUAUGGGGAUGGGUGGGUUUAUGUUGUUGUGCGGAUGAUGGGGUAGUCGUUGGUUCGGGUACGUUGG